AUGGAUCCUAAACUAAAUAACAUAUAUGAAUCCUUAAAAUUAUCCAACAUAGUUAUACAACAAUCAGAUAUUGAUAAUAAUGUGCUUAAAAUUUCUGAUAAUUAUAAAAAGCAGAAUUCUUAUACAAUCAAACAAAUACCUCAAAUUUAUCUUAAAUUAUCUAAAUCUAGAUUAACAAGUAUGGUAGUCAUGACGGAAAUGUGCGGGUAUUUGAUGGCCCCAGGGGCUUUCGAUUCUAAAAUAUUUGUGGCCGCGAUGCUGGGAACAUUUUUAACGUCAGCGUCGGCCAAUACUAUUAACCAAUUCCUCGAAAUUCCUUACGAUUCGCAGAUGAACAGAACAAAAAAUAGGGUCCUGGUCAGUGGAAUUAUAAGCCCUCCACAUGCAAUAUGCUUCGCCCUUGUUGCCGCUCUUCUAGGUCUGGCCACGUUCUUCUUAUGGGUGAACCCUAUCUCUGGUCUUCUCGCUGCUUUUAAUUUGGCCCUUUACACCGCUUUCUACACUCGUUCCAAGAGAACAACUAUCCUUAACACAUGGAUCGGAGCUGUAGUAGGAGCGGUUCCGCCCCUCAUAGGAUAUUUUGCUAGGUAUCGAAUACCGGAACUCUCCGCGUUAACGAACAUGACGUCGGAACAAAUUGGCGCGUGUGUUCAGGACGUUUCCAUAGCCCUAUUGUUAGCCUCAUUGCUCUACACCUGGCAAUUCCCUCACUUUAACGCCCUGAGUUGGAACCUCAAACACGAAUAUUGUCGUGCCGGCUAUCGCAUGAUGUCUGCCGCUAACCCUGCCUUGUGCCUCAAAACUGCUUUUUUGCAUUCUCUCUACGCGUUCGUCAUCGUCACUGCCUUGCUAACCCUCAUUUCGUUCCGGUUUACUCCGGAUUCGACGAUUGAUAGGAAUCUGAGAAGCGUUAAAGAUUUUUUCGCCUAUACAUUUAACUCGAUCAGUAAAAGCGGUGCUAACGUUAUAUCCGCCCGAGUCUACGCCGACGACAAUAAUUUAAAACUUGUGAAGGACGAGCGGAAAAAUCGCGCGUUUUUUAACCCUUGGACAUAUUUUGUGAUCGCCGGAUCUUUUUUAAUACCUCUAAGUCUUUACAACAUACAUUUAUCGCGAAAAUUUUAUUUUGCUGCCGACAGCAAAACCUCCAGGAAACUAUUCAGAUACUCACUAAUUUAUUUACCAUUUACUUUGGGCGUAUUACUCGUCUACAAAACCUCUAUAUCGUCACAGAAAAAUAGAAAAAUAUAGACUUUAAGACUGAUUAAUUCGAAUAGCCCACGGUGCCAUAAUUUUUUUUUUUUCGUGCGUCAUAUAUGGAAUGAAUAACAAUUUAUUUUAUUUCCAUAAAAUUACAAAUACAUUUUUUUUAAAAAAAGGAAAAAUAGGUUGCCUUUAUAUUUAUAACAUUUAAAUAA